AAUGUCACUAAUUGAAUCAACUUACGAGUUUUUCUACAAUAUAAUUGCCAGUUCUGUUGACAUACUUUAUAUGCAAUGGCUGGCAUGGAUAGUAUACCCCGCCAUAUUGACUUUUGCUCUUCCCGUUGGAAUAAUGAUUUCUGUCUACAUAUCCGCUAUCUUCUUGCAUAUCUAUAAAUGGCGUCACCAUAUAAAAGAUGUAGCACUAUUAGAUAAAUGGAAAGGGGCCAAACACUUCCUAUCUGUUUUAUGGAAUGCCCAGGGUAGAAUAUGGCACGGUUAUGAAGUACUUGGAAUGGAGAAAAUUCCAGAUACAGGAUCAGCUUUAAUAAUCUUAUACCACGGGGCUAUACCAAUAGAUCACUAUUACUUAGUAGCAAAUAUAUUUUUAAAUAAAAAUAGAACAAUUUGGACUGUUGGAGAUCGGUUUCUCUUUCUAAUACCUGGUUUUAAAAUUCUCAUGGACGUCUUCCGAGUUUUACCCGGAACAGUUUCAAGAGGGGUUGAAUUAUUAAAAUCAGGAAAUUUGUUGGCGAUUGCUCCAGGAGGAGUUAGAGAAGCUUACUUCAGCGAUGAGUAUUACAAAGUACUUUGGGGACAAAGAAUUGGAUUUGCUAAAAUUGCUGUUGAAGCAAAAGUUCCUGUUAUCCCAGUAUUUACACAAAAUAUUAGAGAAGCAGUUAGAGCAGUAAAAGCUGGAAGAUCUUUCAUGAGACGAAUUUAUGAACGUACUCGCUUACCUAUUGUUCCUUUAUAUGGAGUGUUUCCUGUGAAGUUAAAAACUAUCAUCGGAGAUGCCAUACCUUACGAAGAAGGAAUGACACCAGAACAAUUAGCUACAAAGGUUAAGAAAGGUCUUGAAAAUCUAAUAUUAAAAAACCAAAAAUUACCAGGAAAUAUUCUUCGAGGAAUGUAUGAAAGAUUUUUUCCAGUUCCAGUUGAUAUGGGAAAAACCUCUUAA